AUCAACAAUUUUGUUAUUUUUAUUUUAUAGUGAUUGAAAGUUCUACAAUUAUAUUCAUAUUUAUCGUUUAAGUAUAUCUGCAAUGAUAUUUUAUGUCAAAUUCAAAAGUCUAUACAUUUUUUUGAAGUCUUAUCUUUAUUCAUUCGUUUAACCGAGUGGGGCUUAAGUCGGCCGAUUUGUUCACUCAAGCGGCGAUACAAAAAUGAGUGAACAAUCAGUAGCAUCAGCACGAGCUUCUGUUCUUGUGUAUGAUUCCCAAAUGAAAAAGUGGGUUCCAAGUGGAACAUCGAGUGGCUUGUCCAAAGUUCAUAUUUAUCAUCAUGUUGAAAAUAACACAUUUCGUGUGGUUGGUAGGAAGGUUCAAGACCAUGAGGUUGUUAUCAACUGUUCUAUUCUGAAAGGUCUAAAAUAUUUCCAAAAUACUCCUACAUUCCACCAAUGGCGUGAUAAUAGUCAAAUACAUGGUUUAAACUUUGCUAGUAGAGAUGACGCUGAAACAUUUGCUUUAGCCAUGGAAAGGGUUUUGGAUAUUCUAGGGCACAGUAGUAUGUAUAUGACCAGUCAUCGUUCAUCUCAAUCCCAGCCUCUAUAUCAGACUAUUGGACACAGUGGUGUUAGUUUAGAUGAUUAUGCAGAAUACAGAGGAUGGAUGAAUAAUGAAAAUGGAGAAAGGAAAACAAAUUCAGAAUAUGGACAUUAUAGAAGUAGCCAAGGAAAUCAUUCCAGCCAUCCAAGCACGCCAGGUAGCAUUCCUUCUCCCAGCACUUAUAGCCACCAUCGUGCAUCAUCUGCCUCGUCUGUGCCUCCGCAGCCAAUGUCUAUAGUUCCUCAACAGCCUUCCCCUCAAUCAACAGUUCCUCCCCCUCCACCUCCACCACCACCACCACCUUCAAAUUCCAGCAUCUCUGGACUGGCAACACUGCCUCGAUUACACUUGAGACAAAAUCCUGAACAGGAGGUUACAGAAACUUCUCUUGCUGCUGCUAUUGCAACUGCUAAGCUAAAGAAGACACCCACUAAACCAACUAAUGAUACACCAGGAAAUGAAACUAAACAGUUUCCUAAAGGCAUGGCAAACAUGCUAGAUGAAAUGACUCGAACUCUAGCAAGAAGACGAGCUCAGACAGAUAGCAGCAUUGAUGCUGAAAGUAUCAGUAGUGGUGACAGUAAUAGAAGCUGGAAUAAACAAGGUUUUGGUAGUGCUUGUAGUCCAGGUAUCAAUUCUGGUGGUGAAUCUCCCCAAUCACUUCACAGAACUGAUACGGAUACAGAAAAUAAGAAUGCAGUAGUUUUGGAUGCUGUUCAAUUAGACAAAAUUAAGCAAGAAAUAGUCUCAGAAGUGAGAUUGGUAAUGAAUAAAGUGAAACAAGAAAUAAUAGAUGCUGUUAGAAUGGAAAUGAAUAGAAGAUAAAAUAAAAGUUUGAAAAGAUAGGCAUUUAUAAAACAUUUCCAACAUAUUAUAUUUUUGAGACUUUGCCAUGGAACAUGUUUUAUAAAACUUUGAAUACCUUCUAAAAUUGUUAAUCAAAGUUGUUAGGAGUAUCUAUUUUUACCAUGUCACUAAACCCUUGCCACUGUGUACAAAAUGAUUGAAAUGUUCCAUUUUAUGGGUUUCUUUUUCUUAUCUACACACCAAAGUUUUUUGAAGUUUUGAACCUUUUACAAUGCAUCAUUUUUAAGAAAUGGGUUUUAUUUUACAAAUAAAUUUUGCAUAUUUAAUUUUAUGCUGUACAGAAAUUAUAUCAUACUAGUGGGCAAUAUAUAUGUUUUGUCUUUUUGCAACGUAUCUAUUUUAUUAUGCCACUUGUCUUUUUAUGUGAUCAAAAUGUUAAAAAAAAAUCAUGAUAUAUGUUUAUAUAAUAUAAUGUAAUGUUGAUACAAAAGUUGAAAAGUCAGAUGAAACAAUUUAAGAAAUUUAAAAUUAAUGGGUACAGAUCUUAUUCUUUUAUAUAAUGACUAUUUGUAUCAAAAUCCUUGUAUAUUACUUCUAUUUUAUCGAAUUAAGGUUAUGAAACUGUAGGUUUUAAAAUUUCUUAUGCAGUUUCAUUAUUUUCACAGAUGUUAUUA